AUGAUGGGAGGUGGUGGUGGUGUUGUGCCACCAGUUCUGCUUGAUGAAGCUCGUGUACCACGAUUUUAUCGCGACGCCAUAGCUGCAUGUGGUGCCACGCAACAAAAUAUGCUUCCCCAUACCGCUCUAGUAUACAACUUGAUGGUGACGUCUGGCUUGCCGAGGCCCGUGCUUUCUUACAUCUGGUCGGCUGUGAAUCGUACACUCCCAGGCCAAUUAACUCGUCCAGAGUUCUUCUCCUGUUUGGCUCUUAUUGCUCUUGCGCAGAAAGGCGAAUCGCUAGCAGCUUUAUCGACAAUGUCUUCACUUCCCAUUCCUUUCCUUCAGUCAGUGCAGGUGCCUGUUGCACCGUCCCUCGCUGCCCCUGUAGUUAAUGUCUUGUCAACUUUUGGGAACUUUUACCAGCGGCAGACUUCUUCUUUUAUACCGACCUCUCUACUAAUGGGUAAGCGUAGUAACGCGAAGAAAAAAGAUAUGGAUUUGAUAGGAGAAGCAUUACCUCCUACUACCAAAUUGCCAGGCAAAGAUGAAGCAGGAUCGGUCCUACCGUCUAUGUCUGGUGAGUUAGGUGAUGUACUGGAACGUACAUUUGUAGCAGUUGAUCGCUUACACACGGUUUAUUGCAGAUGCCUAAAUCAUCUAUAUUUUGUCGUUUGCCGGGUUGAACGAUCGGCGAAGUCCGAGUUACCUAAGGGAUGUCGCGAGGAAAUUGAUUACUGUACAAGGAUUUGGAAGCGUUUGGUCAGCUUUAUCGAGAAUCCUGAGGAAGAAGAUAGAGACGGAGCAGUUGGGAAGCCUUGUGCGAUCUGCUGCCAGCCCGUGUCUCGAGCGGUUCAUUUUGGAGGGCAGACAUAUCACUCGGAAUGUGCCAAUCUAUGGGUUAAUGACGUGAAUUCACUGCUCCCGAAUAUGCAUCUGGUGUCAUGA